CGCGCGUCGUGCUUACCCGUCGUCGUCGUCGUUGUCGUUGUCGUCGUCGUCCUAUAGGGUAUAAUAUAGUCGUCGCCGACGUCAAAGUUUCCCGUCUUUUUCUCACUCACUCUUUCUCCGUUUCACUCCUACGUUCGCCGAGUUUUUUAUCUCACUUCUCACGUGUGUUUCCGAUAUUGAAAAAAUAUUCGAUCUAAAGUUAUUAUUUCGAUCUAAGUCAAAUUAUAUUAAUAGAAGCUUACUGUAAUAUAAAUAUGUAUAUAAUACAUUUUUUAUUCGCGUGCCUUCACUGCAUACAUCCCUUGUAGACUUGGGUGACUGCAGUCGUCGCCUCUCAUAACUCUCAACCUUCCUUCGCCGCAAUUUUUUUUUUUAAAUUUGGACUCAUCAUCAUAUAACGCACGUGUGUGCCACGCGUGUGCACUAUGACCUAACCGCGUCCGACCGCCGCCGCGCCGUCCGAACCCCAACGACGACGACGCCGCCGCCACAGCCGCUCGACGCGCGCCAACCGUCUGUAAUAGAUUACACACAAACGUGCCACGCCGGGUCGUGCUAAAGUGCGAUACAAUAUAUAUAGUGAGUACGAUCGCGUCUACAUAAUACAAUAUAGUAUUUAAUAUAAUAUUUCGCGGCCACCGUCACCAUGAUGGACCCUUUUUACUGGGAUCACCACCAACAGCAGCAACCGCACCACUAUCACCAUCACCUGCACCAGCAGCAUCACCAGCCGCCACCACCGCCGCCGCCACCGYUGCUGCAGCCUCACUCRCAACAGCAGCAGCUGGACCAACCACAGAGAUUACAGGACGGGACUUCAACAGCUGUCGCCGCGGCCGAUACUCGUCAGAACGACACUGAUAACGCGUCCGACGAUUCGUACCUGACGUCUUCUCAAAGCGCGAUGACGGCAGAAUCGGUAUCACCGCCGUUGGCCGCCGGAGGCGGAGGUGGUGGCUUAUCGCCCGACGUUAUGGGCGCCGCUGGGUGCGGCACGUGCUGUACCGCCACCACUAUCGGCGGCGGAACGGGCGACCGCAACGCCGGUUCCGAGUCUGCUGUGGCCGUGUGCUCAUGUCACCUGGCCGCGGCCGCAUCGCUGCCACCCCACUACGCCAGUCACCGUAGCACACCGGCCACAACGGCUGUGUAUGCACCGUACCCGUCCACCGAUCAGAAUCCGUACCCGAGCAUCGACACGUCAUCGUUCUACCCUCACUUGAGCAACCCGUACGGACUGAAAGACUCGACAGGCUCGUCGGAUAUGUGGUCUAGCGCCAGUCUGCAACCAUCCACUGGCUACUAUCAUUACGACUCCACUUUGGCCGCUUACGGGUACAGCGCGGGAUACGACUUGGCGGCCAGGCGGAAGAACGCCACCCGGGAGUCGACGGCCACGCUCAAGUCGUGGCUCAACGAGCACAAGAAGAACCCGUACCCGACCAAGGGCGAGAAGAUCAUGCUGGCCAUYAUCACUAAGAUGACGCUCACGCAGGUCAGCACGUGGUUCGCCAACGCCCGGAGGCGGCUGAAGAAGGAGAACAAGAUGACGUGGGAGCCCAAGAACAAGACGGACGACGACGACGACGACGACGCCGGGUCGUCCGACUGCGAGGACAAGGACAAGGACGAUAUGCUGAUGGGCGACGAGAAACAAUGCAACAAGGACGUCAGAAAAGAUGGUCACGGAGAUCACAUGAUGGGCCAGAGCGUCAUGUCGGACGGCGACGACGAUCGCAAGCCGAUGCUCCAACACCUGUACCACCCCGAUCAGAUGCACCACAUGAAGGUGCAUCACCAUCACGUCAUGCAGGACGAUCACCAUCAGGACUGCGGUAUACCGUUGCCGCCCACCAAGCCGAAAAUAUGGUCGCUGGCCGACACCGCCGCGUCCAAGACUCCGCCACCCGGCCACCAGUGGCCGAACGUCAUCAGUCCGAGCCUGGCGUCACCCGGUUUCACCAUGCCCAACACCUCGUCCCUGUCGCCAUCCGGAUCGUCUUACUCCAGGUACGGCGCCAACGGAUUUUAYGGCAGUGGUUACAAUGGCGGCAACAGUAAUUCGUCGUCGUCGUCAGCCCAGCAAAUGGCCGGAUAUCCGGACGUGCAGACCGACACGCCACCGCAAACCCCGCCCAACAUGAAAUUACCGCUGUCCGCCUCUUCCGGUCAACAGCAACAACAGCAGUUUGGCGGCCAUCAGGGCACUUACAACGGGUACCACCACCAGCAACAACAGCAACACCAGCAACACCAGCACAACAAUUAUCACCACCGGCAACACGUUCCGCCGCUCCAGCAACAGCAGCACGAUGUCGUCAGGUCGGCUCAAGACGUACAGCAGCAGCAACAGCAGCAACAGCAGCAAUAUCAUCAGCAGCACGUCRCGCUCAACCAACACAACAACAAUAACAACUCGAACACUAACAACAACAACCAUCAGAUGGCGGUUGUGGCCAACGACGCGAGUACGGCGUUCAAACCGUUUUACAAGACGCCUUCGCAACAACCGCACCAACAGCCGCAUCAGCAACAGCACCAGCAACAGCAGCACAGACAGAUGAACGGUUACGUGUCGCCCGUGUAAUUUUCGCCGCAGUUCAUCGUCAUCUGAGGGACGUUCGGACGACUGAACCUCCAGACACUGCUGCGCAGUGGAUUUCUAGCGCUCGCCAACACGRGAAACGGAAAUUCUUCGACUACUCUAUACAUAUUAUAUUUAUAUUAUUGUGCUGGUCGUUGUUACCGCCGCCGUUCGCCUUAUACUGGCGAU